ACGUCAGCGCUGCCAGCGUGGAAACGGCGGCCGGGCACGGGAGGCGGAAGUAGCGCCCGGGACCGCUGGACCUCCAUCGGGCUCCGCCAUGGACGCGUCCCUCGAGAAGGGAGCAGACCCUACGUUAGCUGAAAUGGGAAAAAACUUGAAGGAGGCUGUGAAGAUGCUAGAGGACAGUCAGAGACGAACAGAGGAGGAAAAUGGAAAGAAGCUCAUAUCAGGGGAUAUUCCAGGGCCACUGCAAGGCAGCGGACAAGAUAUGGUGAGCAUCCUCCAGUUAGUUCAGAAUCUCAUGCAUGGAGACGAAGACGAGGAGCCUCAGAGCGCCCGAAUCCAGAAUAUUGGAGAACAAGGUCAUAUAGCUUUGUUGGGGCAUAGUCUGGGAGCUUAUAUUUCAACUCUGGACAAAGAGAAGCUGAGAAAACUUACAACUAGGAUACUUUCAGACACUACCUUAUGGCUGUGCAGAAUUUUCAGGUAUGAAAACGGCUGCGCUUAUUUCCACGAAGAAGAAAGAGAAGGACUUGCCAAGAUCUGUAGGCUUGCCAUUCAUUCUCGUUACGAAGACUUUGUAGUGGAUGGAUUCAAUGUGUUAUACAACAAGAAACCUGUUAUAUAUCUUAGUGCUGCUGCUCGGCCUGGCCUGGGCCAGUACCUUUGUAACCAGCUUGGCUUGCCCUUCCCCUGCUUGUCUCGUGUGCCCUGUAACACUAUGUUUGGAUCCCAGCAUCAGAUGGAUAUUGCCCUCCUGGAGAAGCUGAUUAAAGAUGAUGUGGAACGAGGAAAACUGCCCCUAUUGCUUGUCGCAAAUGCUGGAACUGCAGCCGUAGGGCACACAGAUAAGAUUGGGCGUUUGAAAGAACUCUGUGAGCAGUAUGGCGUGUGGCUUCACGUGGAGGGUGUGAAUCUGGCAACAUUGGCUCUAGGUUAUGUCUCCUCGUCAGUGCUGGCUGCAACCAAAUGUGAUAGCAUGACGUUGACUCCGGGCCCGUGGCUGGGUUUGCCAGCUGUACCUGCAGUCACCCUUUAUAAACACGACGAUCCUGCCUUGACUUUAGUUGCCGGCCUUACAUCAAAUAAGCCAGCAGACAAACUCCGUGCCCUGCCACUGUGGUUGUCAUUACAAUACUUGGGACUUGAUGGGAUUGUGGAGAGGAUUAAGCAUGCCUGCCAGCUGAGUCAACGGUUGCAGGAAAGUUUGAAGAAAGUGAACCACAUCAAAAUCUUGGUGGAAGAUGAGCUCAGUUCCCCCGUAGUGGUGUUCAGAUUUUUCCAGGAGUUACCAGGCUCAGAUCCGGUGCCUAAAGCUGUCUCGCCGCCCAACAUGGCUCCUUCAGCCAUCGGCCGUGAGAGAAACUCCUGCGAUGCACUGAACCGCUGGCUGGGAGAACAGCUGAAACAGCUGGUGCCUGCGAGUGGUCUCACCGUCAUGGACCUGGAGGUGGAGGGCAUGUGCCUGCGCUUCAGCCCUCUGAUGACAGCGGCAGGUCUCGGAACUCGGGCAGAGGAUGUAGAUCAGCUUGUGGACUGCAUACGGAGCCGGCUGCCAGUCCUGACCUGUACACUGCAGCUGCGAGAGGAGUUUAAGCAGGAGGUGACAGGGACAGCGGGCCUCUUAUACGUUGAUGACCCUAACUGGCCUGGAAUAGGGGUUGUCAGGUAUGAACACGCAAACGAUGAUAAGAGCAGUUUGAAGUCAGAUCCCGAAGGGGAAAAAAUCCAUGCUGGACUCCUGAAAAAGUUAAACGAACUGGAAUCUGACCUUACAUUUAAAAUGGGCCCCGAGUAUAAAAGUAUGAAGAGCUGCAUUUACAUUGGCAUGGCGAGUGACGACACAGAUAUUUCUGAACUAGUGGAGACCAUUGCGGUCACAGCCCGAGAAAUUGAGGAAAACUCAAGGCUUUUGGAAAACAUGACAGAAGUGGUUCGGAAAGGAAUUCAGGAAGCUCAGGUGCAACUGCAGAAGGCCAAUGAGGAGCGCCUGCUGGAGGAGGGGGUGUUACGGCAGAUCCCUGUAGUAGGAUCCGUGCUGAAUUGGUUUUCUCCGGUCCAGCCUUCACAGAAGGGAAGAACUUUUAACCUGACAGCAGGCUCUCUGGAGUCCACAGAACACACAUACGUCUACAAAGCACAAGGGACAGGAGUAACCCCGCCUCAGACCCCCUCAGGCACUCGCACGACACUGAGACUUCCAGGCCAGAAGCCUUUUAAAAGGUCUCUGAGAGGUUCAGAUGCUGUCAGCGAGACAAGCUCAGUCAGUCACACUGAAGACUUAGAAAAGAUGGAGCAGCUGUCCGGCAGGCCGGAGCAGGCGGCCUCGGGGGCUCACAGCCCUGAGCCACAGCCAGGGGUUCCCAGCCCCCAGGAGGCCGAGCAGACUGGAACCGUCCAGGACCGGGCCCAGCGCCCAGAAGGUGACCGCCCACAGGUGGAAGAACCCGAAAACUUAAGAUAAAAGUCAGUGUUUGCUUUGAGACUGUACUGAAUAUUGUUUCAGGGAAGAAGUUGUACUGAUAUGUGAACUGUGCCACGUGCUAAUACAAGAGACAUUACUGUUAUUUGUGCUGGACUGGGAAUUUUGCACAAACGUGUGCUCGAAAGCCAGGCUUUCUAGGAGGGUAACUGACUUGUCUAAUUUUAUGGGUAUAGAGAACCACCAACAUCUGUUGUUUCUGUCUACCCAACUGUCGUAAUACAUUUUCCCCAAGUUACCAUAAACACUUUAUUCAUAAAGAACACUCCGAAUUUCAAGUGCUGCCACUUGAAACACUUGCUCUUAUCUUUGUAAACAUAAGCGUAAGAAGUUAUUAGGUUGCACAUAAUACCUUUCGGUAAGACAGCUUUCUGUAGAACUCUCCGGGUUUUCUCCUGCUGCAGAGGAGACCCAGACGACAUGGUUUGCCAUCCAUUGUAGUUGGUGUUUAGUUUGAUCAGGUUGCAGUAUACAACUGGCUUGUGUUGGCGUGAAGGAGAAUGGGUUUCAGUGGGAUUAUCUGUCAGUGUCAGAAGCUCUCCUGCCAUCUCUAACUGCUGCUUUCCCUGGAGAUGUGACUGUGUCCACUCCAGCACGUUAGACUGGGCCGUGCUUCUGUCUGGGACUGUCCCUGCCAUAAACCCAUUUCGCCCUUUAUAAACUGUUUGUAAACAAAGGACUCAUCUAUUAAGAGUAACUGUAAAGACUCUUCUUGACCAUAUAUAUAUAUAUAUAUAUGUAUAUUUUUAAAUACUGGUAAAGCUUUUAAAUUGGCACACAAGAAGAGACUGUGCUCAUUUCUAUGUUUAAUAUCUGAAAACCCAGUAGAUGCGACUCUUAAGAACCUAAUGUUAAAUUUGCUUUGUAGCACCCAAUUAAACUUAAAUUCUAAAAUAAGUACCUUUGACCUGUUUCACAUGGGAGUUUCCGUAGCUUCUGUUCCACUAGCAUCUCAGCCCUUUGGGCCCAACUCAGAAGCAAGAACCAGGAAAGUAAUCUUGCUCAAGCUGAUCAAGCCAGACUACUGCCAAAGUAACUGAAAGCUAGCCCUUUCUGACUGCCCGUGUCUGCUUUUCCACGAGCACGGCGUCCCUUCACUUACCCCAGGGGCAGCCCCUGUGCCUUCUGGUCUAGCAGAGGCAAGUUUGGGAGACCUGGGCAUCAAGACAGUGGGCAUUCACACUGGGUUUAGGGGCUGUAGUACUGGAAGCCUUAGUCAUACCACAUGAAGCCUAUAAUUACAAUCUGAUUUGAUGUGAUUACUGACAUUUGGCACUUGUCAAAACGCAAUUUUCCUUUUUUCUUUUUUUUUAAAUUUUUUUGGUGCAGAUGAUUAAACAAAGUCUUCCCUGUUUAUUUGGUGCAAUGAAGUAUAGCAGAUAAAAUGGGGGAAGGGGAUAUUAUCACCUUUAACAAGAUUAAUUUUUAAAUGUUUUUAUAUAUAUUUGGAAUUGUUAAAUUGGUUUUGCCGAAACAGAAUUUCACCCUUGAGAUACUAUUUGAAUGUUGGUUUCAAUAAAGGUUCUUGAAAUUGUUA